ACAGUUUAUAACGAGAAUGUAGUAAUCAUUAAUUCUUUACGAAAUUCGAAACGGUUUUAAUAGCUACAUAUUACCAUAUGUAAUCGCUAACAAACAUCGCUAAGACAUUCUUUGAAAUACAACUAUUGUCCUGAAUCAUUUGUAUGAUAAGACGGUUAUUAUGCAUCAUACCUGUCACUCAUUAUCACCAUAUCUAAUCGCAAUAAAGAAGUAUUGAUUCCAUUCAUUGUAGGACGCGUUCUUGUGAAUAUGAACAAAAGUGCAGUGCUAGUGUAAUUGUAAAUAAAUGCUUAACUAAUUACAAAUAAAAAUUGAGGUAUGCAUGUAUUCGUAGGUCAUUUAAUUUAUACAAAACCAUUAUCGUAACGCUUCUGUGGAGAUAAUGUUCAAGUUUCGUGGUUUCCGCGCGUCUUUGGACUUCUUAACGGGCAAGCAGCGCCGUGAGAAUCUCGCAACAUCGCCUAUUUCGAUCGGUGGUGCUUAUAAAGUAAACAGAGAGGAAUAUGGAGGGAAUGUGCAUAUACAUAGAGCACCUAAGAAAAUACACCCCUCCAUGGUGCAACUACCCCAUUCACGGGCAAAGCAAACUGAGAAAUCUAAAAGUACGAGCGAUUUGGUUGAACCCACGACCAUCCUACAACAAGCAAGUCGGAGCUCUUACGACGUGUCGCAAAACUCGAGAGCUUCCAAACGCCUUGCAAAAGAACAGAAAAAGUUAGAGAGACAACGGCUAGCGGAGCAAAAGAAACAAGAAAAAAUUGCAGCAAAAGAAAGGCACAAACAGGAAAAACUGGAACAAGAAAGGAUCAAAAGAGGCAACAAAAUGGGUCAUAGUAGGGAACCUUGUGAAAGAACAAUUCCUAGGAAGAAAAGGAACGCUCCACUGCCACCACAAAAUCAAUCAAUAAACGAUACUCAAGGCUCCUCAAAUAGGAAUCAAACAAACGAUAACAAUCGAACACACGACAUACCACGAUCGAAUGCAACGAAUAUUCAGAGACAGAGUUACUCAACGAAUACACUAGAAAGUUCGAUCAGCAGAACCACAGGACCACCGCCGUACGGAGAAUAUCCAGAAAUUAUAAUAGACGAUGAUAACACUGGGAACAUUACUUUCGGGAGACCUGUAGACUACAACAGUAGUUGGAAUUUGAUAUCACAACAUAGAGAGGAAAUGAGAAAACCCGCUGCAUCUGCUCCCAUCCCACCGAGGAGGAAAAAAGAUCUACAGUACCGAGUUGGUAAUUUACAAGUCGGUACAUCCGGUGAGAACAAUAGCGAAGCUUGAAUUAAAAAUGUUUAUUCUAUGUUUAAAGUGGUGAAUAUUGCAGUUCAAUAAUUACACACAGCUUUAUUCUUUUGAAAUUACUAACGAUAAUUAUAAUGAAUCGACCUCUGUGUUGUAUAUUAGGCUAUGCUAUUAAGAAAUUAAGCAAUAAGUUCUGUUUAACGUUUCGUGUUAGUUUUUAUUUUGUAUUUCAGUAACUUUAGAUAAUCAAAUGUGUCAAUAUUGUUGAAUAAGCCACAUUUUAUACUUAGCGAUGCAUGUAUAAUAUUUCGAAAAAUUAAAUUAUUAUGGACAUUUCAAUUGGUUGUUUUACGUAAUGUCUACAUUAAAAAUGCUCAAAUAUUUUGUUUUUAUUAAUAACUUAUUGUAACUAUGUAGCAACGUUAGAGUCGUUAUCGUGAUUUGGAAAUUUUUUAUUAAACAUAUUUUAAUAAA